UAUUUUCACCAAAAGACAGAGUUAUUAUCGUUCGUAUUAGAACAUACAAUGAAAGAAACAUCCCGAAAUUAAAUGGUGGAGAUAUUAUUUUUGUGCGGGCAAGAGAGAUGUAUGGUGACGGUAUGGUUCUGGGAAAUGUUAUCGAUCAUCGGAACGGUUCAUACACGGGUUUUAUUCGAGUUUUCUGGACAGGAAGAACAAAUAUUCAUCUGAGGCUAGUAUCAGCAGCCGAGAAUACGUGUCUUCGCUAUAAAGCUCUAAAUAAGUACGGUGACAUUGUUUUUACUCUCAGACAACCCUAUGGAUUGAGGGCCAUUUAUUCGUAUAACAAUUCGAAAGUUUUGGCGCCGUGUAAUACUAACAGCUUCAUAUAUGGAAGCUCUCGGGUGUGUAAUUUUACGACUUUGAACGGAGGGAUGUCAUGGUACUGUGGACUGCCUGUUGGAGGCCAAUUCCAGUGUAAAGACCUUCAAUCAUUCUCACUUGGUUCAUUUAAAAGCCAUGCUCGUAGUGUUAAAGAUAAAAUCCGAUCUCCGGGACACGGUAUAUUCAGGAUACCAAUGUCAGUAGACGUAACGUUUAAGUCGAAUACCAACUCAUCUGUAACUUGUAAUGAAAGAACGCCAUUAGAGUCUUGGACAGAGAAAUCUCCGAUUGGAUUAUUUUUGAAAAGCCAUUGGAUUCCGACGAACUGCAAAACCAAUUUCACACACACUAUUGAAAACUACAGAACAUGCCUUCGAAACAGAACGUUGAUUUUUCUUGGAGAUUCAACAGUAAGGCAGUACAUGAACUUCUUUAUCAAGGACAUAUUAGGAUUAAAUGAGACACUCAAGAUAGCAUUAACUUUUGGACCUAACUUUAAAUCGUACCAUGGUCGCAACACGUUUACAAACCACGGAAUAACACUUAUUUACAGAAAACAAGCUAUGCCUGUGAUUUUUGGAGGUGGUGAAAUACCUAUAAAUAAUAUUCAAUCUUUUCCGCAAAUACUUGACUCAGUAACUUAUAGUAAUAUACCAGGUAUUUCUUUAGUUGUGCUGUUAAACUACCACACACAUUUUAGUUCAUAUCCCGCCGAAAAUUACCGGGAACGUCUAAAAUAUUUAGUUGCCUCGUUAAAACGCCUUUUCAAUUCAAAACCGGAAGCUAAAGUAUUUUUCAAGGGUCCAUCUCCAUGUAUUUCAGAUUCAAAAUGGUUUGAUCCAUACAUUUCACUUGUUUAUAAGAAGAUUCUAACUGAGGAAUUUACUGACAUUCUGGAUAAAGUAACUUUCCUGAACAUAUGGGAAAUAAGUGUUGCCCAUAAUGUGUCUGAUGUUCAUCCACAGGGUCAAGCUUUAAAAAGUCAGUUACAUCAGUUUAUGACAUUUCUUUGUUAAUUAUUUCCUUACACUUGCGAGAAGAGGCAUUAUGUUCUUUGAAAGCUACAGUCAUUAUGUUCUUUGAAAGCUACAGUCAUUAUGUUCUUUGAAAGCUACAGUCAAUAUGUUCUUUGAAAGCUACAGUCAUUAUGUUCUUUGAAAGCCACAGUCAUUGUGUUCUUUGAAAGCUACAGACAUUAUGUUCUUUGAAAGCUACAGACAUUGUGUUCUUUGAAAGCUACAGUCAUUAUAUUCUUGGAAAGCUACAGCCAUCUUUGAAAGCUACAGUCAAUAUGUUC